AUGAGCUCGGCCAUAUCGUUCCUGUUUCGCGACUUGCCGUCUUUUGUUGCUCAGGUGUUUCCGCCGGAAGCGAAGUGGAGCACCGACCAGAUACCCGACUUGAAUGGGUUCGUGUGCAUAGUAACAGGCGGUAACGUCGGGAUAGGAAAGGAGACCGUCAAGGCCUUACUUCAGCACAACGCGAAGGUGUACCUAGCUGCCCGAUCCGAAUCCAAAGCCAAGGAGGCUAUCAGGGACUUGCGUGAGGAGACCGGGAAAGAGGCGAUCUUCUUGAAGCUCGACUUGUCUGAUCUCAAGGCUGUCAAAGCGUCGGCCGAGGAGUUUAUGAGCAAAGAGUCCAAGCUGCAUCUCCUCUAUAACAAUGCAGGUGUUAUGGCUGCCCCCAUCGACUUGACCACCGCAGACGGAUAUGACCUUCAGUUCGGGACAAAUGUUCUAGGCCAUUUCUACUUCACGAAGCUCCUCCUCCCGACGAUCCUCUCCACCGUCGAGACCGCACCACACGGCACCGUACGCGUCGUCAACAUCUCCUCCAACGCGCACUAUUUCGGCGGCCUGGACUUUGCCACCUUCAAGGACGGCCCGAAGCGGCGCAAGCGGAGCACGGACCUGCUCUACUGCCAGAGCAAGUUCGGAAACCUCGUGUAUAACAACGAGCUCGCCCGGCGCUACGCCGACAAGGGCCUCGUCGCGAUCGCGGUUCAUCCCGGCGUGAUCCGAACCGACUUGUGGAAGUAUUCUUCCGGUAUGAAGAAGAUCAUGGGUAACUUCUGGCAUCCGCCGUCCAAGGGCGCGCUGACACAGCUUUAUGCGGGAACAGCAUCGGAGGCCGCAGAGCUUAGCGGCAAGUACCUUGGUCCGUGGGCAAAAGGAUGGAGACCAAAAGCAUCAUCGACCGAUCCCGAUCUCGGCAAGGCGUUAUGGACUUGGUUAGAGGAGCAGGUCAAGGGUCUUUGAAUGCACGAUGCAUUAUCUAGGACGCUAUCGCGAAGCCCCUUC